AUGGUGGUUCUAUAUGGCUUCGUCGUCAUUUUUGCAAGCCUAACUCCCACUAUCUUGGGACAGAAAUGUGCAACUAUCAAUCCAGCAUAUGCGCCGACAUGGGGUUCGGGUUUUUCUGGACGCGUGGUGAUGAAUGGACUGAAAACACCACGUGGUCUCGUUUUCGACUCCGAGAAUAACCUUCUCGUUGUCGAAUCUGGAGGAGCAGGAGUUCGCUACAUAAAGCUAACAGAUAAUGGCGGAAAUGACGUGUGCGUCGCAAGCUCUAAGCAACUCAUUGACGAGAAAGGACUCAACCAUGGGAUCGAUCUCUCAGCUGAUGGAAAAACGUUGUUCGUCUCAUCCAUGACGACCGUAUUUAGUUACUCAUAUGAUGCCGCCGCUGGGACAGUAGGGGCGAGGAAAACUCUCAUCACUGGCAUGAGCAACAGUGGGCACUCCACUCGGACCGUGUUAACAUCCAAGAAAAGUCCGGAUCUUUUAAUUGUCUCGGUCGGUUCCAAUUCGAACAUCGACGCUGCAACCUCGCAGCAAUCCUCUGGUCGCAGUCAACUACGAAUUUUCAGCAUCGCCAAAGUCAGCCAGGCUUCAGUCGCGUAUACUUCAGGGGAAGUCUUAGCCUGGGGGCUUAGGAACAGCGUUGGUGUAACUGAAAAUCCUGUCUCGGGUGGAAUAUGGUCAGUUGAGAACAGCGUUGACGAUAUGAAAAAGAAUAACGUUGAUAUCCAUAACACCAAUCCAUGUGAGGAACUUAAUUAUCAUGGCACUCUCAGUGGUACAUCAUCGGAACGCGGGGCCAAUUAUGGCUAUCCAGAAUGUUUUGCUGCUUGGGAUCCUUCUGUCAUCCCUAAUAACCAGAACAUCAAAGUUGGAACUCAGUUCGCCAUCGGCUCAGGUAACGAUGCAACAUGCGCGCAGCGGGUCGCGCCAAAGCUUUGCUUCCCAAGUCAUACCGCGCCUUUGAGCGUAGGGUUUAACAGGAAUAGCACUGCUGCAUACAUUACGUUCCAUGGGUCUUGGAACCGUCAACCACCAGACGGCUAUCGCCUCAGCAAGGUCAGCAUUGAUCCUGCAACUGGCAUGCCUACCGAGCCUUCGACCUCCAGCACAGCAGCGAUCAAUGUUAUGAGCAACCCCAGUAAUGGCAACUGCCCUUCCAAAUGCUUCCGUCCUGUCGAUCUGGCAUUCGAUGCCAAGGGGAGACUCUUCAUGACUAGUGACUCAUCGAAUGAGGUGUGGGUUAUUGGAGGAACUUAG